AUGCGACUGCCUCUGAGUGAGGAAGGCAUGAUUCCACGUCUCUGGCGAGUACAUCAGCAUAUGCUGACUCUUCAGCGAACCGCCUUGGCUGUGACUAUGGCGUGGACACGCGACUUACUUCAUCUUUUACUUCCUCAUGGAUUAGCUCUGCGUGCAGAUAGCCUAUUGUUAGGCGGCGCCUCCAAAUGCAGUGUCACAUUCGCUGAGGUUUCAUUGGAGAGUACUAGUGGUAUGGAAGCGUCCACUUCUUCGACGCUAGGAAAACGAUCAAAAUAUGGUGGCAGAAAGCGGCCGAACAGAUGGUUCCAGUCACGUCGAAGUUGGCUAUCCGGUCAAAAUUUCCUUAAAAUGGAUAUAUCUCAAGCCCUGAGACUGGUAAAUCGUCCGAAUUCACCUCAACCAUCCACUGUCAGUGAUGGAAGUCCAUCAAAUGAGCGCAACCUUGACCUCCUCUACCUCUCAGGUGGUGUGCCAAUCGUACGAAUUGAAACUUGGCUGGCGAAUCACAACUUAGCGUCAGACUUUGAAAAAUCGUCUAACCCAUCUGCUUCUUCAUCUGAUGUUGCCACUGCUGGAAGCGACGAUAGCAAAGCUGUUAUGUGCCGUGAUUUGGCGGUAGUAACAUGCGUCUACGGGAGCCAUCUAACUGUUGGUUUGACUGCUAGCUGUCAAAUGGACGGAACUCCAGGAGUCGAUCUCAUUCUAAACACUAUGCUUAGACAACUCAACCACCUGUACAAACUACUGGACAGCAGAUUUCCAGCAAAACCGGUUAUCUAUGCACCCCGUCGACGUUAUCACCUUACCACAGGGUCAGGCUCGUCCGCUGCUCGGACGCGAAAUAGUCAGAGCGUUACAAAAGGUCACAGUCGCCUACAAACUGUUUCAGAUUUUGUUUCUUCGCAGCUGCCACCACCUGCACUGUAUGAACCACCUGGUUCGGAUGCGACCGGUGAAAUCAUAGAGGGUAAAGGAAAUCGGUUCUUGAAGUACAACUUUCCACCGCUAAGUUCCACUUUGAAGCGAUCUUCUCUGCACCGAAGUCAAAAGCGUCACAAUAAAGAGGCCUCGGCAGCUGUCGAAGUCGAUGACGAGACAGGUGGGACUUCUAGGCUUGUACCUAUUCUAAAGUCGUCAUCGGUGACCAAGAAAAACGAUGUCAAGAGCCAAAGAAAAAGGCGGGCCAUUGAGAAUUCCAAGAGUGGGGGAGUCAAGAGUACAUACAAGGACGCCCGUCCAGUGAAGAAUUACCGCCGCUUCAGUCUUACCAGAAAGGCAAAAAAACGCCCAGCAAAACCCCCUCCACCCAAUCUACGUAAAUCCCAAGUCCGAUUUGUGACAGAAGAGGACUGA